UACAACAUCGGCAUUGAUUACUUCCUCCAUUGAACAUAAUGGGCGGAGAACAAGGGUGAAGAAUUUUUGUCCAUUUCUGCUAAUAAAAAUGGCUCGAUCGAUAACACCCAGCCAGCAAAAGCUGGCGGAAAAGCUAACGAUCCUUAAUGACAGGGGGAUCGGGAUGCUUACCCGGAUUUACAACAUAAAAAAGAUGUUGAGUAAUCCAGAGUCCAAGCCAUCAUUUCUCACAGACAAAGCAUUGGAGGCUGCCAUCAAAACAGUCUCUAGGAAGUUCCCAUUGCUAGAUACAAAAAGCUUUGGUAACCAAGUGGCUCCAGUGAGUCAUUUUAAGACAGAGAUCAUCAGGUCACUGUCCUUGUACUAUUACACAUUUGUGGACAUACUGGACUUCAGGGAUCAUGUGUCUGAGGUUCUUACUACGAUGGAUGCACACCAAGUGCGCUUGGAUAUUGGAGCAAACUUUGACCUGACCAAGAACUAUCUGGAUCUGAUUGUAACAUUUGUAGCUAUCAUGAUAUUGGUGUCCAGAGUGGAAGACAGAAAGGCAAUAUUGGGUCUCUUUUAUGUUGCUCAUGAAAUGCAUCAGAAUGGUCAAGGGGACCCUUCUUUUCCCAGACUUGGUCAGAUGAUUCUGGACUAUGACCCACCAUUGAAAAAGCUCAGUGAAGAGUUUGUACCACAUGCAAAAAUGGUGACACUUGCCCUACUGUCAUUAAACGACAUCUACCACAGGAGGAGCAUGCAGGCUCACCAGUGGAGGUCUGCUCAAAUGCUCAGCCUCAUCGCUGAACCUGCUAAGAUCAUGAACACAGCACAGGAAGAUAUGAUGCCUUGUGAAUAUGUAUCAUUAGAUGUGAUGGAGAGAUGGAUUCAGCUUGGAUUCCUACUGUGUCACCAGCAGUUAGCUCACCAGGAUGCGCUGGAGUUGUGGAAACAGUCUCUGCAUGGUAGUUAUGUUGUCACACUGUUCAGGGACGAGGUACUACAUAUCCACAGUUAUGCACAGAAUUACUUUGAAAACAUAAAAGGAUAUGGUAAAAGAGUAACUGAAGUCAAGGAUUGGUACAACCAGUGUUUACACCAGGCUCCAGCAAUUCACAAAGACAAGAGGAAAUUCCUGAGAUCUGCUCUGAAAGAACUGGCCCUUGUCUUCACAGACCAGCCUGGACUGCUAGGACCAAAGGCCCUGUAUGUAUUUCAAGCACUUUCCUUUGCACGUGAUGAGAUCCUUUGGCUCCUGCGCCAUGUGGACAAUCCACCCCCCAAGAAGGGUGGGGUCAAGGUGGCACUGGAGGACUUUGUAGACAGACAAAUACCAGAAUUAUUAUUCCACAUGGAAGAGUUGAGAGCUUUGGUGAAGAAGUACAGUCAGGUGAUGCAGAGGUACUAUGUGCAGUUCCUAUCGGGAUAUGAUGCUGUUGUCCUUAAUGGCCUCAUACAGACCUUGUCAGUUUGUCCAGAAGAUGAGUCCAUGAUUUUGUCUUCAUUUUACAAUACUAUGACCAGCAUAUCUGUAAAACAAGUGGAAGAAAAUGAACUGUUUGACUUCAGGGGACUGAGACUUGACUGGUUUAGAUUACAGGCCUACACUAGUAUUGGGAAGGCAGGCUUCAACCUUUUAGAACACAGGAAUCUAGCCAGACAUAUGAAUACUGUCAUCUUCCAUUCCAAGAUGGUAGACUACUUAGAUGAGAUGCUGAUAGAAACAUCUGAUCUAUCCACUUAUUGUUUUCAUACCACCAUAUUUGAGCUCCAGUUCAAGCAAUGUAUGGAGCUGCCAGCCCAGCACAGGUUCAGCAUUGCCUUCCCCUUGGUCUGUGCUCACUUCAUGAAUGCUACACACGAACUUUGUCCAGAAGAGCGCCACUCCAUUGGCACAACCAGCAUCCAGUACGCCAACUGGUUCCUGAAGGAAAUGUCUGAGGAGGUGAACCAGAUCAUCACCUUUAUAUGUGAGGAACAGUGCAUGCUAGCUGACAAGCUUCUUCCCAAGAAUUGUGCUGCCCAGCUGGCCCAGGUUUACCAGAACAAGAAGAGGAGAGACAAGAAGAAGCAGGCAGGACAGGAGAUGGUCAAACCAGGAACUGAAAGCUACAGAAGGAAUAGGGAAGAUUUUACAAGAAUGGACAAGCUCCACAUGGCCCUGACAGAGUUGUGCUAUGCUCUUAACUACUGCAGUAUUAUACAAGUAUGGGAACAUGGCUUUGUACCCAGAGAGUUCUUUAUCCAACAUCUAGAGACCAGAUUUAAUAAAGCAUUGGUUGGGAUGAUGAUGUUCAAUCCUGAAACCAGUGAGAUUGCAAAACCUUCUGAACUAUUGAACAGUGUCAAAGCAAUAAUGAAUGUGCUGCAGAGCAUAGAAAACUACGUUCAUGUUGAUAUAGCCAGAAUUUUCAACAAUGUAUUGCCACAGCAGACACAAGCCAAUGAUAGUUUCACAGGUGAAAAAACUAUCACUUCCAUUUAUACAAACUGGUAUUUGGAGGUGUUAAUGAGACAAGUGAGUUCUGGACACAUAGUCUACUCACCCAAUCAGAAGGCUUUUGUCAGUUUGUCCUCAGAAGAAAAACUUCCUUUCACAGCUGAAGAAUAUGCUGACAUCAUGGAGCUGCGUGCCCUGGCAGAGUUGAUAGGUCCCUAUGGCAUGAAGUACCUUAGUGAGAGACUCAUGUGGCACAUCUCCAGUCAAGUGGAAGAGCUCAAGAAAUUAGUAGUAGUGAACAAGGAGGUUUUAAGCCAGCUAAGGACAAGUUUUGAUAAACCAGAACAAAUGAGAGAGCUAUUUAGGAGGUUACAAAAACCCAAAACGGCCACAAGUGUGGACAGUGUCCUGCAGAGAAUGACCAUCAUAGGGGUUUUGCUGUCCUUUAGAGCACUGGCUCAGGAAGCCUUGGCAGACGUACUUGAAGAACGUGUUCCCUUCCUGCUGUCAUCUGUUCGUGAUUUCCAUCAACAUCCUCCCAAUGGCCAGGAUAACAUGAGCAAGCGUAUACAAACAAAGUUGAUUGUCAAUGAAAUGGCCAGUGCUGCAGGCCUUCCUUGUGACAUAGAUCCGGCCUUAUGCAAUGCUCUCAGGGCUCAGAAAAAUGAAACAGGAGAAGAUGAAUACAAUGUGUCCUGUUUGUUGAUGGUGUUUAUUGCAGUGGCCCUCCCCAAACUGGCCAGAACUGAGGCUUCCACAUUUAGAGCAGCUCUGGAAGGUCACGUCAACAACAGCCACUGCCUGGGCAAGGCCAUCAACUCUCUGGCUGGAGCCAUGUUCACUGUGUAUGGACCUGGAGAUGUGGAGGACAGGCUGAAAGAAUUCUUAGCUCUUGCAUCUUCCAGUUUGUUGAGGCUUGGUCAAGAGAUGGAUAAAGAGAGUAUUAAACACAGGGAGUCUGUUUACAUUUUACUGGACCAGAUUGUCCAAGAAUCUCCUUUCCUGACAAUGGACUUGCUGGAGUCUUGUUUCCCAUAUGUCUUACUUAGGGAUGCUUACCAUGCUGUUUAUAAAGCUUCUGAUAGCUACAACCGGCCACCAAGACAGUGAGGACAUUGAAACAGUUGUGUCCAAUUAUCAAAGUUAUUUCACGGCAAAUUCAACUUGUGUAGGAACUAGUUUAGAGUGGAAAGUGAACAUCAACUGAUACUACGAGGUAGUUUCCUUUGGUGCAAAAGACUGUAUAAAAAGGGGAUAAUAAAAUAGUAGUCUUAACUUGCCAUGAUGAAAUUUGAUGAAAACUGCAAUUUUACUUAAUAUUCAACAGCAGCCACUUUGGCAAUACAUUUUCCUCACAUUUUUUAGUUUACUGCAGGUAUAACUCUGAUAUUUAUUAUGAAUACAAAUUUCUGAGAACAAUUUUUUUU